AGUCUCGAAGGUAAGAGAUUGUCACCUCAGUACCUCACCUCACCUGUCGUCUCCGCCUGCACGGCGUCUCCCCUGUCUUCGUCUCCGCCCUCAGUGCCUGCACAUAUAUACCCCCUGCUGAGCCGUGCUCUGCAUCAUCCAACCAGAACCCGGGAGCGGUGACAGGCUGAGAGCUUAGGCGAACCAAGAACACGCAGGGGCACGGACAGCCGGACAGGGAGAGGCAUGGGGCGAGGGCGAGCGCCGUGCUGCGCCAAGGUGGGGCUCAACAGGGGCUCCUGGACGCCGCAGGAGGACAUGCGCCUCAUCGCCUACAUCCAGAAGCACGGCCACGCCAACUGGCGGGCGCUGCCCAAGCAAGCAGGUUUGCUGCGGUGUGGGAAGAGCUGCAGGCUGCGGUGGAUCAACUACCUGCGGCCGGACCUCAAGCGCGGCAACUUCACCGCCGACGAGGAGGAGACCAUCAUAAGGCUGCACGGCUUGCUCGGGAACAAAUGGUCUAAGAUCGCUGCCUGCCUGCCGGGGAGGACGGACAACGAGAUCAAGAACGUGUGGAACACGCACCUGAAGAAGAAGAAGCAGGUGGCGCCGCGGGAGGAGCAGAAGGCUGGCGCGGCGGCGGACAAGAACGACGACGACGGCGCGGCGAGCGGCGAAGCCGGCACGCCUGCCACUGCCGCCUCCUCCUCGGCGUCCUCCUCGACGACGACGACGACGACCAACAACAGUUCCGCGGGCAGCGACAACUCCGGCGACCAGUGCGGCACGAGCAGGGAGCCUGACGUGAUCGACGCAUCCCUCCUCCAACUAGAAGACAUCGACGUCUCGGACAUGCUGGUGGACGCGCCCCCGGCGGCGGCGCAGCCAUGCCAGGCGCCAAUGCUGUCGUCGCCGUGCUCCUCGUCCUCCCUGACGACGACGUGCGUCGGCGGCGGCGUGGAGGAACUGAUCGAGCUUCCCGUGAUCGAGAUCGAGCCGGAGAUCUGGAGCAUCAUCGACGGCGAGAGCGCUACUGACGCGCCGGACGCCUCAGGUGGAGGCACAGCGCCAUGUACGGGCACCGCGGCCGUCGUCAGCACCAGCGAAGCAGAGGAAGCGGCGGCGGCCAACGAUUGGUGGUUGGAGAAUUUGGAGAAGGAGCUGGGCCUGUGGGGCCCAGCGGAGGAUACUCAGGCGGCCCACCCUGACCUACUGGACCACAUAGCAGCAGGCUUCAGCCCACUCGGCGCCUUGGAGUUGGAGAGGGACCCAGUGUCCACCUACUUCCAGACCGCGCCCGCCGUUGGGGAACCUGAACUGAUGGUGGCCGAACCAUCUGCCGUUCUGCUACGAGUCAUCAAUGAGCAACAGGAAGGAACGGAUCCCUUCCGUCCCGUUGAGAUCGAAGGCUGAGGUUUAAGAACGGUCUGAUCGGACGGACGGGGUUAAUUGUUAUACUACCUUUAGUCAGCACUCAGCAAUGGGCAACUAGCCUACUAUAUACAAAGAGGAUAGAGCAACGAACAUCUUGGUUCCUGGAGAUGUUUGAUGCAUCAAAUUCAAGUAGUUUGCUUGAUGCAGUGGCAAGUUCGUAUGUCUAGGUCAAUUAGGAUGCACUUACAGAACCGUCCCAUGUAGAGUGAAAACACUAAGUACUCUUCUUAACAGCGUUUAACAGGGGUUUGAUUGGUAUGGAA